UUAGCACAAAACAUAAAAACACAAAAUCCACAACCAAAAGGGAUCAAGUCAACAAACGGCAUCUCUCUGGAAUUACUUACAAACUCGCCUAUUUUGGUAGGCGGUUGGUAACCAUAAAUUCCCAAAUUUCACAAAAAUCAAGCCCUAGAAUUCAAUAAAAUCAAAAUUCUGCAAUUCGUCUCCAUAUUCUCGCGAUUCCUCUGAAUUCACCGCUACAGAUCGAAAGAUCGGAUACAAUAUCGCACUCUACGGUGUCGAAUUCACUUUUUUUGUUCAGAAUUUUUUGAGAUUUUGAAAGAAUGUUUCCUGGAAUGAUGGAUCCGGAGAUGAUGCGGCUUGCUCAAGAGCAGAUGAGUCGUAUGUCACCGGCGGAUUUAGCUAGGAUCCAACAACAGAUGAUGUCCAAUCCUGAUCUGGUGAGAAUGGCCACGGAUAGCAUGAAACAUAUGAAACCUGAGGACUUACGGUAUGCUGCAGAACAGUUAAAGUCUACUAGACCAGAUGAGAUGGCAGAGAUUGGUGAGAAGAUGGCCAAUGCAACACCAGAAGAGCUAGCUGCUAUGCGUUCUCGAGUAGAUGCACAGAUAAGUUAUGAAUUGAAUGCAGCUCAGAUGCUGAAAAAGCAGGGGAAUGAAUUUCACAGUCAGGGAAGGUAUAAAGAUGCCUUGGAGAAGUACAUGCGGGCAAAAAAUAACCUAAAAGGUGUUCCGGCGGCUAAAGGCGGAACUAUCCUCUUGGCAUGUUCUCUUAAUCUGAUGUCAUGUUACUUGAAAACAGGACAGUAUGAUGAGUGCAUAAAUGAAGGCAUUGAGGUAUUGGCAAAUGAUGCAAGAAAUGUCAAAGCUCUUUAUCGGAGAGGUCAAGCAUAUAAAAAUUUAGGGCAACUGCAAAAAGCAGUGUCUGACUUGUCCAAAGCACUUGAACUUUCUCCUGAUGAUGAAACCAUUGCAGAUGUUUUAAGGGAUACCCGAGAUAAAUUAACUGAACAAGGUGAUGAGGAUGCACCAGGAGGAAUUAGAAUCGAGGAAAUUAUUGAUGAGGUGCCAACGCUAUUACCAGAAAAGGAUCAAUCUUCAUCAUCAAAAUCUCCUGAGCAGAAAAAGGAUAGUAAACAAGUGAGCAGCACUGCUGGUUUUCCUAAUGAUGACAAAGAAUCUGUCAGAUCAUUCCAGAACUUCUUGUCGCAAACCGAUCCAGAAACCAUAGCAUCUCUGGGUGGAGGAAAAUUUGAAAACUUGUCUCCUGAUAUGGUGAAAACUGCUUCAAACAUGAUUAGCAAGAUGCCACCUGAAGAAUUUCAAAAAAUGCUCGAGAUGGCGACCUCCUUUCAUGGGGGAAACGGAAACCCGUUGCUGAAUAGGAAUAAUAACAAUGAGUCAGGCAUGCCGAAUCUCACACCCGAUAUGAUUAAAUCAGCAAGUGAAAUGAUGAGUAAGAUGCCACCAGAAGAGAUGCAAAAGAUGUUUGAAAUGGCAUCAUCUUUGAAUGGGGGUCCACAAUCAAAUAGUAAUAAUAAUAAUUCAGAAGGGCAAGAAAGUCGUUCAAGUUCAAGAGAUUAUGGAACUAAUGGUGAGAGCGGUCCUUCUAGAGGCUUUUUAAAUUCAACAAGUGCACCGCAACCAAGCUUCCCCAGCUCUAGCUCUGAUAUUAGAAACCAGUUAAAGAAUCCUGCCAUGCGUGAGAUGAUGUCAUCAAUGAUGAAAAAUAUGAGCCCGGACAUGAUGGCAAACAUGAGUGAACAAUUUGGAGUUAAACUCUCUCGAGAGGAUGCAGAAAGAGCUCAACAAGCCAUGUCGUCAUUGUCACCAGAGAACCUCGAUAGACUCAUGAAGUGGGCAGAUCGAAUACAACGAGUCGGUGAAAAUGCUGUAAAAACAAAGAACUGGCUGCUGGGUCGACAAGGAUUGGUUUUAGCAUUAUGUAUGCUCGUUUUUGCGAUGUUCCUCCAUUGGCUGGGCUACAUUGGCAGUUAAGUGCAGCCAUUGACCGGCGCCUUUGACCUAACUCGGGGCUGGAAGUAUGAACCCGAAUGCACAGAUUCCUAGGUUGCGGGAUUGUGAGAUGGAGCAUGUUUUUGUUCUUGAGGUGAAAUGUGUAACACCAUAAAUUGUUCUUUUUGCAUCUUAGUUCAUUAUAUAAACUAUCUAAUAUGAAACAGAAACUGAGUAACGGUUGGGACAUGUUUGUAAGUUUAAGAAUCAUUCAUUUAUUGUUAAAACAAUUAUAAAACACAUUUAUUGUUAAAACAAUUAUCAAACACAUCCAA